UAAAACAAAAGUGUAAACAAAGCAAGCGCUGUUUCAAAAGUUGGCUGAUUUGUGGAACUGCUGCUGUUUCUAAACGUUGUACCAACCAUAAUGAGUGUUAAAAUGAAAGUUAAUGUGUGCCCGAUUACCGAGGAACGAUCGGGCACCGUGCGCGAGGUUGGCGGACAAGCAGUCUGGAGUCUUUCAUCAUGUAAACCAGGUUUCGGUGUCGAUCAGUUGCGAGAUAACUCGAUGGAAACGUACUGGCAGUCGGACGGACAGCUACCACAUCUGGUAAACAUCCAAUUUCACCGGAAGACAACAGUCAGCCAGAUUUACAUCUACUCCGAUUAUAAGCUGGACGAAAGUUACACGCCGAGCCGAAUAUCGAUCCGCUGUGGUAUGCAUUUUAACGAUCUGCAGGAAGUUGAAGUGGUCGAUCUGUGCGAACCAUCCGGCUGGGUAUGCAUUCCUAUCAAGGAGUACGAGGAGAUGCUGAUGUGCACGUUCAUGAUACAGAUAGCGGUCAUUAGCAAUCAUCAGAAUGGCAGGGAUACGCAUAUGCGCCAGAUACGGAUCCAUUCGCCAACCGAAGGCUCUCAAUACCCGUUGGAACAUCACGGAAAGUUUAGCACGUUAGAAUUUUCUCAGUUUCGCACGAUACGUUAGUGUGCGGUGGACAAAAAACUAGUUUUAAAUGUAACCACGUGUUAAUUAUCAAAAUAUUUAAACAACUCGAAUUUAUUCCAAACAAGAACAAAACGCAAAAGAAACGGUAGACUUUACAAAGCA